GGUCUCAACAUUAACUAUAAGGUAUACAAUCUAGAAUAUCCCCAUAUUUACAGAUAUUUAAAGUUUAUCUAGUACACACCAGAAUUCAGAGGAUAUGGGCCCCAUCACAGCUGAAUAGUCUGAUUUGUCAGAAAGUAUGCAAGAAAUAUGCUACUGAAACCCAGAGAUCUAAAUCAACCCUUAGUUCACUGUGACAGACCUAAAGAUGGGUUUGCUCCUGAACUCUGUGAGUGGGGGGCUUAGAUGACUCUAAGAGUUUGCAGUGUGAGGCCAUCAUUAAGGCUAAAGAUUCUUCCAACAAAUCCUAGGAGCUGCCACAUCAGAUAUUGACAUUUGAAGUGAAAAGUUGUCAGGGCACUUUCAUAUUCUCCUUACCUUUAUUUUGUAGAUGACAGAAAAAAGGUAAAUUAAGUAUAGUAUCCUCACCGAAGGGCACAAAAUAUAGGAUUCAUGUUGUUCUGCCAUCUAUCAUCAGAAUGAACAGACAAGAAAAAUCCAGAUGUAUCUUAAGAAUUUUCCUUUCCAUUUCUGUUAUUUGACAUAGAGAAGGAGGAGAUUCAAACCUUGGGACCUGUUCAGCACAUGCAUGGGCCAGAUGAUCAACUAAUGUAAAUUAGUUGUAACUCCAUUGAUUUCAGUGUAGCUAGUUUAUACCAGGCAACAAUCUGGCUCCAUAUACCUCAGUAGUGACUCCAAAUAUUAAAAUUAAAGAUCGUUGACUGCAGUGAUUCUGCAACAAAAUCCCUCAAUUUACAAGCCAAUUCCACAGUACAAAUAACACUCAUUCGGAAGAUUUUUUUUCUUUCCUAAAAUGGCUGUGCUUUGUGGUCUAAUUCAUCUGUUCAUAGCAUCUGGUAUUAGAGCAAAGCUAAUUUCAGAAAAUCAGUUCACCAUAGAAUAUUUGCAAUAUGUUCAGAAUGGUACGUUGGCAGCUCCUGUUAUGAGUUUAUUAGUACAGAAUAAAGAAUGCCUGAGUUUAGCAGACAGUGGGUGUCACCACUCAUUCCUCUUGAACCCUCUGUGUUUCAUUUGCAAUGUGCUGUUGUGUCACUUUUCAGACAUCAGCCUCAAUAUUGACCCUUUUGCAGUAAAGUAAGUUUUUUCUCGGAACAAUUUCCCUGUAGGAGGAUUUGCAGUUUACAGACCACAGUGUUUUGAAACAAUUCAGGACAUCUGUUUACUUCACUAUCUAAUGAGUUUUACUACUGUUGAUUUCACCAUUAAUACGUUCCUCUGUGAACCAUUUUCUCAGCAUUUCAACCACUAAUGAAGGGCCAAAUACCCACUUGCCUUAUUUACACAAAUGGUUCCAUGGACUUCAGUGGAACUAGUCAUCUGAGUAAGGAACUUGAAAAAAUAUUAAAGAGUUCAUCAGAUGCCUUGCUACUACUGGAUAUUUUGCAGAAGACUAUUCUUCACCCCUUAUGCCUGAAAUAUCCCCCUUCCGUGAAGUACAGAAGAUGCUUCAUAUCUGAACUCAUUAAAAAGCAUGAGUCCGUAGCAACCGAACCCCUGGAUGAAUUAUAUGAUGUACUAGCAGAUAUUUUAAAUAAAGAAGAAUCUACCAGCUGUUAUAAAAGCUACUUACUGCCCACAGGAGACUCUGUUACACUUUCUGAGAAGGUGGCAAUAAUCUCACAGGGAACCACAGGACUAGUCACGUGGGAUGCUGCUCUUUAUAUUGCUGAAUGGGCAAUAGAGAAUUCUGCCAUUUUCAGUAACAGGACUGUCUUGGAAUUAGGAAGUGGGAUUGGUCUCACAGGAAUUGCAAUCUGUAAAACCUGUAAUCCUAAAGCAUAUGUGUUUAGUGACUACCAUCACUGUGUUCUUGAGCAACUGAGAGAAAACAUCCAUUUAAAUGGCUUUGUUCUGGAGUCUGAAACUGAGAAUCACACCAAAAUGCAAUCCCAAAGCCAGAGAGCCGAAGUGAUGGAUUUACAAGGACCAAAAAUAACAGUUGCAGAACUUGACUGGGAUUCUGUUGCAGAGGAACAACUUUCAGAGCUUCAAGCUGAUGUUGUCAUUGCAGCAGAUGUGGUGUAUGAUCCCCAGAUAACUUUAUCCCUUAUCGGUGUCCUGCAGCAACUUUCCAUUUUCAAAACUGCUGGAAAACCACCUGAGAUCUACAUUGCCUUCACAGUUCGUAAUCCAGACACUUAUCAGCUCUUCCAGACUGAACUCGAUAAAGUUGGGAUCGGAUGGCAGGUUGUUCCUACUCACACAAAGAAUCUUUUCCUAUAUGACCUGCAUUCAAACAUAACUCUUCUAAAAUUACUUGCGUAGACUUUGUAAAUCCAAUAUUACUACUAGACAUUUUGACAGACUAAGCAUAAGAUCUAUCAUGAUGAUGACAAUGACCUUGAAUUCUGGACAUGUACUUGAGUGGCAGACUCAGAAAGCAAUUUUAAGCUCUGUACAUUGUCAGUGUGUUUUAGGCCCCAGUGCUGCAAUUGAUAGUGGGUGGGUGGACAGCCUCACCUGCAUGCAGCCCUGCUGCCUCCAGUGUGGUUCCUUGGGAGUCCAUAGGUUGUCAGUUGCAGGAAUGGGGCCUCAUUCAGACUGAGAUUUUAUUCUUCCAGAGGGCACAAGAAAGAAAACUGUAGUGUUUCUAUGGUGUUGUGAUAUGCACACAUUGGAAACAAGUUUUGUGACACCAAAAAUAAUGACUCUCUUACCGGCAUGGUGAAAUAGAACAAUGAACAAUUUAAGUUUUUAUAUUAAAGAAUAAUAUAUAUUUGCUAUUGUUUUUGAGCCAUGAUCUGUUCGUUCAGGCUUUCUACAGUGCUUGUCUUCCUGUCACAACUUGAAUAAUAGAAUAGCUACAAUAAAUGCGUUGCUGUUUAUACAGU